CAGCACGGCUUUUCCAAUAAGUCAAUCGGCUGAUCUGCUUUUUCGAUAUUUUACUUGUUUCUAGAAGAUUGAGAAGAAAAUUUGCAGUUUUUAUUUAAAUUAAAAUCAAACAUUGAAAAAUAAUAGAAACGUUGAAAAUAUAUUAUAUACAAAAUGAACUGGUAUAAAGGUAACAUUGCAGAGGCAGUUGCUGAAUCGAAGGCGAAGAAUGCAAUUUUCGUUGUUUAUGUCGAAGGAAAAAAUGAAUCAACAACAAAACUUUCGAAUUUCCUUAAUGAUGAAAAAGUUCGAAGAAUGUUGGAAUCUGACGAUUUUGUUGCCAUAAAAAUCGAAAGCGAUAGCCAAUCAUAUAUGCAGUUUGCAACCAUUUAUCAAGUAGUGCCGGUGCCCUCAAUUUUUUUCAUUGGAAAGUCUGGUACACCUCUUGAAAUUGGAACCGGCAUUAUUGCAUCAGUAGAGGAACUGGAAGAGAAAAUUAAUAAAGUUCUCAUUGCUUCCGGUCGGAGUACACCGUCUGUGUCAUCUUCGACUUCUUUAAUCGAAGCUGAGCAAAAAGCUCAAAGUGCAACUACUGUCAACAAUGUAAAGAGGACCACAAGAGAAGCAGACGAAGCGCUUCCUGUGUCACUCUCCAGUACAGACCAUUCUAUAAACAAGUCAGAUACAGAAGUAGUUGAUGAGGUAAAGCAGGCAGAACGGGAUGAAAUUGUGUGUGACGGUGACGUUUGUUACAAGAAACCGAAAGCGGGGAAAGAAAUCACUGUUGCGAACAAGGAAACCGAAAUGUCCACUAAUCAAGCUGAGCAAAAUGAAGCAACUGCUAAUGCACGAUUGGAAGAGACCAGACAAAAAAUGGAAGAACUAAGAAGAAAACGUAUUGAGGAAGAAAAACAGUUGGAGAAAGAACGCGAGCUUAAGCGUAGGCAAGAAGGAAAAGUUAUGCAAAAUUUGCAACAAUGGCAGCGUGAACAAGAAUUAAAAGAACUAAAGGAAAACAUUCGGCGUGAGAAACUCGAGGAGAUGGCGGCUCGCGAAAGGAUAAGGGCACAAAUAGCCGCAGAUCGAGCUGAACGCGCUCAAAAGUUUUCAAUAUCCGGUGAUGCAACAGCGUCCACCGCAAAUGUAGACACUCCAAAUGCAGAGUCUGGAGCUAGUAGUGGUGGUGGCCCUAUCAUUGCUCCUGACAGCACACGAAUACAAUUUCGUUUUCCGAGUGGUAACACUGCAACACAUGUCUUUAAUUGCCAGGAUACGCUUAACAAACUACGCGAGUAUGUGCGUAUAGAAUUACUGCCAGGCACAGGCAUAAAGAACUUUACGUUAGCUACAACAUACCCAAAACAAGAACUGAAUGUCGAGAACGAUGAUCAAACCCUGGCCGAAUUGAGUCUUUUUCCUAGUGCAGUCAUAUUGAUCAUUGGAAAGGAGAGUACAAGUAGUCCAGCAGCUAUUAUUGCCCGUUCUGGUGGGCUUUUGAAUAUUUUUACCACUUUAGUGAUGUCUAUACUUUCUCCGGUGUUUUCCAUUUUCGGCUACUUCAAGAAUAUUGCUACAGGUGGUAGACGGGGAAAUGAUACCGAUGCUGGUAGUAAUAUUGGUGCAACUAAGAGAGCAAACGAUGGCAAUGGAGCGGCACAUGAAGAUGCCGCAAAACGUCGGAAUAUGGAGCGUUUUGGAGGUGGUACUAUUGCAGGUGCUGCCUUAGGUAACAGUGCGUCUACUUCAGCCGACGCUGCUACAGAACAAGGGGAAACAAAACCCUAUCGUCGUUAUGGCGGUUCAAAUAUUCAUCGCUUGACAGAUCAUAAAGAUUCAGAUGACGAAAAUGCGACAUGGAAUGGUAAUUCCACACAGCAACAAUAGAUGAGAACAAACAAAUUUAUAUUAGUGUAGGACCUAUUCAUAAUUUAAAUAACUAUUAUCUUUUCUCUUCAUAAAACAUAUUAUACGCAUGCCGUUCAACAAAUAUUUUGGAGAUAUGGUCCAUGUACUCUAUUCCUUGAAUGUGGUUUUAAUAUAUUAAUUUCCUCCUCGAAAGCAUCGGAGUAAAAGCUAA